AUGAUUGCAUCCCCGUUGACUGACUUGCUAAAAAAGGAUGCGUUCGAAUGGUCGGCGACGGCAGAGGAAGCAUUUGUGGCUCUCAAAGCCGCCAUGACAUCUGCUCCAGUCUUGACGGAGGAGCUGGCAGAACAGGUAACGGACGUGGCAUUGUUUACCACCGUCGCCCACCCGAUACCAAAACUCCUCGAGGUGUUGCGGCAGGAGACAGCAACGCUUCCUGAUCUGCAGGUGCUGGUGGGGAAAAUCAAGGCGGGCGAUUCACUUGCCCGUUUAUCGUUUGCUGACGGGCUGAUCUACUUCAACCGUCGGAUCCUAGUCAGCCCCACGUCGUCUAUGAGGCGGCUGCUGUUGGAAGAGCACCAUAGCACACCAUUGGCUGGUCAUCCUGGCCACGAGAGAACUUUUCGCCUCAUGGCGGCAGGUUUUUAUUGGCCUAAGCUGAGGCGGGAGGUCAGGGAUUUUUAUUGA